AUGAGCUCUGGUUCGGAACAAAAAGCACCACCAGAACAGGUAGCUGCAGUGCUGCAAAAUCAAGAUUCCAAAAUUUCUUUCGAAAUACAGAAACUCCCGAUCCCAACAAUCGAGCCCCAAGAGGUUCUCGUUGAAUUGGAAGUUACUGGUAUCCGCGGGACCGAUCUCUCACUUGCCCGCGGGCAUCUUGGCCCAUGUCAAACUAUCCUAGGCCAUGAGGGCGUAGGCCGGAUUGUCGCCGUAGGCUCCUUGUGCACAAGCGAGGCAGCUACGGUAGGCCGUCUAGUUGGCAUUGGAUGGAUUCGUGAUGCGUGUGGAGACUGCCACGUAUGUGGCGAUAUGAAAGAUGAGACACGAUGUCUAAAGCAGGUUUUCAGUGAGCGUGAUGUGCCGGGUACGAUGGCUAGAUAUACCGUCGUUCCGGAGAGGUAUAUCACGCUUCUGCCGGAUGGAGUCCCUAGCAAGUUGCUAGCGCCGAUGAUGUGUGCCGGUGUAACAGCUUAUAAAGCACUAAAGGUAGCAAACCUCGCGAUAGGUUCGUGGGUAGGUAUUUCUGGCGCUGCAGGUGGAGUGGGAUUGUUAGCAUUAUCGUAUGCAAAGCAGAUGGGCUAUCGACCUAUCGCAAUUGAUGGAGGAGAGCGGCGAAGAUCUCUUUGCAUGGAUGCAGGAGCAGAUGUCUAUUUGAAUUUUGAAAAAGAGGACAACCUAAGGAGCGCCAUGCUCCUAAAAACGGAGGGCAAACUUUGUUCUGCUAUCGUGGUGUGCGCUGGAGCUGCAGCGGCCUACGAAGAGGCCUUGAAUUGUGUCGAUUACCACGGAACUCUUGUCGCAGUAGGCAUCCCCCCACUCUCUUCAAAGAUAUCACUUCAUCCCCUUCAUUUGAUCGAUUAUGGAAUUCGGAUCGUUGGGAGCAUCACAGGCAACCGUGCGGAUAUUGCAGAAGCUGCAGAAUUUGUUCGCAAGGAUUUGGUGAAACCAAGAGUCAUGGAAAUUGGGAUUCACGAAUUAGAGAAGUAUGUUGGACGUGUGAACGAAUUGGACGCAAAGAUUGUGGUACGGUUGGGUGAAGGGUUGAGCAAAGAAAUGUUAUGA